AUGUACACGCUCAACUCUACUUCUAUGCGCCGAUCUCAGCAUUUGCUACAGAAGCAGCACGAAGAGAAACCAUUACGGCAAGUGGCGCAGGCGUCAUCGCCGCAUGGGGGAAUAGAUGGUACGAAAGGUCUUAACGUCCCUCCUUUUGCACCAGAAUUUAUUCGUGGCAAUCCAUCGUCGGUGCCUUUGAGCACUGCUCACUCCACUGGAGUCGAUAUAAAAUGGGCGCCGUCACCGGUAGCACCAAAACCGCCCCCACCGGUUGGCAUGAACACAUACGGAGCGGCGGAUCCAUCGGGCGCCAGCUGGGAAACGGCAAAAAAGGCAGGGACAAAUUCAGUGUCGCCAGGUGUUUUACUGCGACAGCAGAGGGUGCAAGAAGAACUUGCUCAGGAGAAACUUAGGGUUCAGCAGGAGAUUGCUCUUCAGCAACAGAGGUUGCAGCAACAAGAACUCUCUUUGCUUUGCCUCUCUCAGCGGCAAGGAGAUGAGCGUGGUGUGAUACAGCAGCUGGCAAAAUUGAAGCAGCAGCAGCAGCAGCAGCAGCAGCAGCAAAGGACGCAUGAUCCGGUUUCUUCACUGCACCACGUAAGCCGGCCGCAGUUCAAUCAGCAGCAGCAGUCAGCUCAAUUACAGCAGCAUCAGCGACAGCUGAGACAGCAGCAGUCAAUAAUGACGCAAGAGGGAAUUUUGCCGUUGGGCGAGCAAUGGGUAGACUCGAAAGCAGUGGCGCAUUCAUUGCCUCAGCCAUCGCAACAACAAGGGGGAGUGCGGCGAGGCAAUCGGGAUUUUGGGCUCCACCGCCAGCAGCAGAUCUACAGAAACCAAUCAAUGGGACGAAAGUGGGAGCCCAUAAGCGAAGCUGACUUUGGUCACAGAACUGGGUCUGGUGAUAACCGGAAGGAUAGUCCUUGUGGAGUGAACGGCGCAGGAACGGUAAAUCAUAUAUUGCCAUCCCUUUCUGAUGAGGAGAUUUUGCACAAGUUUAAAAGCCUUUACGCCCUUCAAACCGAUGACGAGGGGGGUGCAGAGCACCUUCGGGCGCAAGCGAGCACUGCACUUGGCGUUGUGGGGACUCUUGACGUUGAAAAGUGCCGAAAGCUGAUUCGGGACCACGACGUCACAAUUGUUGUGACAGACACAGGCACAGGCAAAAGUACGCUCAUCCCAAAGGCCAUCCUCGAUGGACAGCCGGAUGCCAAGGUGGUAAACGCCCAACCAAGACGCACGCCCGCAAUUAAAUUGGCACAACGCGUCGCCGCAUUGUACGGCGAGAAAGUUGGAAGAAAGGUAGGCUACUGGGUGCGGGGGGAACACGUGGGAACGUUAGGUGAAACCCCAAUUAUGUAUGUGACAAAUUACACCCUUUUUCUACACUUGAUUCACAAUUCUCCUAAUGAUAUUGGCAUUACACACGUUAUAUUUGAUGAAUUUCACGAGCGUACUACCGAGGUUGAGGUACUUCUUCUUAUGAUGAAGCUCGUGAUGCUACGUAAUCCGGGAAAAUUAAGACUGGUGCUUUGCAGCGCCACUGCAGAGGUAUCUAAGUGGAAUUGUUUCUUUGAGAAUUUGUCAGUAGCUGAAUAUUCCAAAGCCAAUGCCAUGUAUCCCAUUCAUGAUUAUUACUUGGAGGAUGUUAGCAAACUUAUUG